CUGAUGAGAGGCAGAUCCAUAGUGCUUCACACUCGGAGAGAGCCACAGCAAAGCUCACACACGCGAGGAGAGCCCCAGGAGCACACACGGGCGCGCUCAGGUCGCUUUCAUUAAGACAUUCUCUGAUUUUUUUUUUAUAAAAAUUGGCUUGGAUUCCUUAACAAAAAAAAAAAAAAAAAAAAGACACCACAAAACAUAACGAGAUCGAUCUUUGCUUCUUGCGAGGAGGGGAUGAGUCCAACGUGACCUGCAAAUUGCUGCUGCUGUUUGACACUUCCCAGCCCCUCAUCUGCGCGGAGCCAGCUCCGCGCACGCGGAGAACACUCAGCCCCCCCGCCCUCGCUCCGCUCGUUUGAAGGCACCGGGAAUUAUCGCUUCCUCCUCUUAGUCUACAGGGAUUUCCAGAUCGCUGAUUUUUAAUCUUCCACGAGAAGCCUUUUCUCUGCCUCUGUUGGGAAUUAAGUGGCUUUUUUUCCGUUUUGGCUGGUGGGGAAAGAGAAGCUUUAGGCGAAAGGAGAAACGCACUGAAUUGGAAGAGGAAAGGAGAAAAAAGUUGCUGUUUAGAGUAUCAGUCUUAACAAAACAGGCUCACCUCUUUUUGCCACCCAGAAGGGCUGUCAGUCUCCCCAAGAGCAUCACCAAGAAAAAAAAGAGAAAAAGAGACUCUUGAGAGAGGCAAACUUUAACACUAACUCCACUGGCACAAGAGGCUUCUCCAGCCCAGGCUUCUUGAGAGACACUUGAUUUUUUUGCUCGUGAAAGAAAGGGGAAAAGAAGGAAAGAGAACCCCUCCCCUCCAAAAUGGGAGGUCAGUCCAUGCUGACUCUUGCCAUCCUCUCGGUACUGCUUUGCCAUUGCCAGGUGCGGUGCUCCGGGGUGUUCGAGCUGAAGCUGCAGGAGUUUGUCAAUAAGAAGGGGCUGCUGGGGAACCGCAACUGCUGCCGCGGGGGGAGCGGCGGCGCCGGGCUGCAGCAGUGCGACUGCAAGACCUUCUUCCGCGUGUGCCUCCAUGCAUUCCUGUCCCUGUCCCUGCUGCCUGUGAUCACAUUUUUGCUGACUUUAGAAUUUGAUUCUCAUUUUGUGUUCAUUUUUUCUUGUAUUUUAAUUUUCCAGGGCACUUUCUCUCUCAUCAUUGAAGCUUUGCAUACAGAUUCUCCCGAUGACCUCAACACAGAGAACCCAGAACGCCUUAUCAGUCGGCUGGCCACGCAACGCCAUUUGACAGUGGGGGAGGAGUGGUCCCAGGACCUGCACAGCAAUGACCGCACUGACCUCAAGUAUUCCUACCGCUUUGUGUGUGAUGAACACUACUAUGGAGAGGGCUGCUCUGUUUUCUGCCGUCCCAGGGAUGAUGCCUUUGGCCACUUCACUUGCGGAGAGCGUGGUGAGAAGGUCUGCAACCCAGGCUGGAAGGGCCAGUACUGCACGGAACCAAUUUGCUUGCCUGGAUGUGAUGAACAACAUGGCUUUUGUGACAAGCCUGGAGAAUGCAAAUGUAGGGUUGGGUGGCAAGGGCGUUAUUGUGACGAGUGCAUCCGAUACCCAGGCUGUCUUCAUGGUACCUGUCAACAACCUUGGCAAUGCAACUGUCAGGAAGGCUGGGGUGGCCUUUUCUGUAACCAAGAUCUUAAUUAUUGUACUCAUCAUAAGCCUUGCAAAAAUGGUGCCACUUGCACCAAUACUGGCCAGGGAAGCUACACUUGUUCUUGCCGUCCUGGGUACACGGGAUCCAACUGUGAGAUUGAAAUCAAUGAAUGUGAUGCUAACCCCUGCAAGAAUGGUGGAAGCUGCACCGAUCUUGAAAACAGCUAUUCCUGUAACUGCCCACCUGGCUUCUAUGGUAAAAACUGUGAGCUGAGUGCUAUGACUUGCGCUGAUGGCCCAUGCUUCAAUGGAGGGCGGUGUACAGACAACCCUGAUGGUGGAUACAGCUGUCGUUGCCCGUUGGGUUACUCCGGGUUUAACUGUGAAAAGAAAAUUGAUUAUUGCAGCUCCAGUCCUUGUGCUAAUGGAGCCCAGUGUGUUGAUCUUGGAAAUUCCUACAUAUGCCAAUGCCAGGCUGGUUUUACUGGAAGACACUGUGAUGAUAAUGUGGAUGACUGUGCCUCCUUCCCUUGUCUGAAUGGUGGAACCUGCCAAGAUGGAAUUAAUGACUAUUCUUGCACCUGUCCCCCAGGAUACAAUGGAAAGAACUGUAGUGCUCCCGUCAACAAAUGUGAACACAACCCUUGUCACAAUGGGGCUACUUGCCAUGAAAGAAACAACCGUUAUGUGUGUGAGUGUGCUCGGGGAUAUGGUGGACUCAACUGCCAGUUUUUGCUCCCUGAACAGCCUCAGGGUCCUGUAAUUGUUGAUUUUACUGAGAAGUACACUGAGGGUCAGAAUGCACAGUUUCCUUGGAUUGCAGUUUGUGCUGGGAUUAUUCUGGUCCUGAUGUUAUUGCUGGGGUGCGCUGCUAUUGUUGUCUGUGUCAGACUCAAAAUGCAAAAGAGGCACCAUCAGCCUGAUGCAUGCAGGAGUGAAACAGAGACCAUGAACAACUUGGCCAACUGCCAACGUGAAAAGGACAUUUCAAUAAGUGUCAUUGGUGCCACCCAGAUUAAAAACACAAAUAAGAAAGUAGACUUUCACAGUGAUAACUCUGAUAAAAGUGGCUACAAAGUUAGAUACCCAUCAGUGGAUUACAAUUUGGUGCAUGAACUCAAGAAUGAGGACUCUGUUAAAGAAGAACACAGCAAAUGCGAAGCCAAGUGUGAAACAUAUGAUUCAGAGGCAGAAGAGAAAAGUGCAGUACCACUAAAGAGUGAUACUUCUGAAAGAAAACGACCAGAAUCAGUAUAUUCCACUUCAAAGGACACGAAGUACCAGUCGGUGUAUGUCAUAUCAGAAGAGAAAGAUGAGUGCAUCAUAGCAACUGAGGUGUAAAAUGGAAGUGAUAUGACCAAGUUGUUGUUCAAAACAAUUUCAAAGGAGAUAUGCCCCAAUGAAUGCUGCUGAAAGAGGAAAGGGAGAUAGAUUCCUUCACUGACUGCUGCUGAGAAACUAAAUUCAGGCUGAGCUGGUUCUCUACUGAAGUUAGCAAAGUGACUGCAAAAAAACAAGAUGGACACUAGGCAAGGAUCUGUGUUCAAGAAUAACUGUUGCACUGCCUUUAUGAAUUUUAUCAUUGCACUAUGGUCAGUUGCUUUUCUAUAUAUAUUUAAAUGAAUGGACUUAAUUACUACAUAAGAAGCAUGCACUGCGUGAAGUGUAUAUUUUGGAUUCUUAUGAGCCAGUCUUUUCUUGAAUUAGAGACACAAACACUGCCUUUAAUGUCUUUUUUUAUACUAAAAUGUGUUUUUACUAGGUGAAAAAAGUGUGUUAUUUUUUUGAAUCUGUAAAAAUAUUUUCAUGAUAAUUGUAAAGCUUGAGUAUUUUGUGAUGUUCAUUUUUUAUAAUUUAAAUUUUUUGGUAAAUAUGUACAAAGGCACUUCGGGUCUAUGUGACUAUAUUUUUUGUAUAUAAAUGUAUUUAUGGAAUAUUGUGCAAAUGUUAUUUGAGUUUUUUUA